AUGAACGGUCACAUAGACACACAUGGUGCCAAAGAGGACGAGGACGAGGAUAGUCCCUUUCGAUUUUCUAUUUGGGGUGGUCUAUUCCCGAUUAAGCCAGACCAUCCUGAUGUUGAAGCAUACAAUGGCUGCCGUGAGGAUUUGAUACAUAUAUUGAUUGACCAACUUGGGUCAAACUGGCUGUUGGUGUCAAUCUUCCGCGCGAGCUUGGAACCAAGCGGGCCCUUUAAACCCGAACCUUGCCUUGUGAUAAUGGUGCAAUCGGAAUACCAAUGCAAUUGGAGAGAGCUUGAAAACUGCCUCAGAAAAGCAUUGCAUCCUCCAGCCAAACAUUUACGAAUUCUUUUCCUCUCCGGUGCAUAUGAUGAAUCAUUAACUACACCUAAAAGUGAGGAAGUCUUAUGUGGCGAUUUGUAUCGCGAACACAUUCACUUGGGAAAGCCUUCUGGCCGAGAUGGGGAAAUGUUUUGGCCAAUUUCUUCCAAGAAAGGCGAAGAAAUCGAAUGUACAGGUGGCGGGGUAGUUGGCCUCCAAAUAGGUAAUAAGACACACUGGGGCUAUCUUACAUCUCACACUGCCCUACAGAAGAAACCACCGGAAAAAAGUAAGAUAAACAGACACGGGUUUCCAGUCUCUACAUUAUCCGAUACACCUCAGUUUCUGUCACCGCUAAGAACACGGCUUAUGUGGCUAUUGAAAGAUUGGGAAAAGCGUUUUUUAUACGAAAUAACACGUAACAUUCGUUCUCCUAUGCUCCUAAGUCAUAGACGACAUCGACGGAUUGACGAUUUGUUUAAUAGCCCUCCACAAGUCAUAGAGAAGGAUAUGCCACCCCCAGCACGUCUACUUUUGGCUUCAGGCCGAGUUUUACGAGACAAACACAUUCAAGAUUGGGCAUUUAUUGAAAUGUCAGAACAAGAGCUUUCCAUGCCUCUUUCACGCCAAAAUAUUCUAAAACCGGCUGCUCAAGAGCUACCUACUAUCAGAUACACUAGAUCUCGCCAAGACACACAUUUUGAGAACGGUUCACAACUGUCGGGUUUUGGUAAAAUGGAGCUCGGACAAUGGUAUUUCAAAAGUGGAAACAAAACCAUGUCCACCGACGGAAUUUGUAAUGGGGUCACAGCAAUUGGACCCCUGAGAACCGAAAAUGUUCGCUACGACAUGCAUGGAAAUCGAAUUGUCUCAACGGAUAAACGAUUUUUUGAGGAUUUCAUUAUGUUUGCUGGGGCCAAGUCGAGAACAUACACCACAUCCGAGAGGAGCCAAUGGCACCAGGUAGAUUUUAGCUGGCUUGGAGACGCCGGAUCAUGGGUAAUCGACGGACACAGGCGAUUUUGCGGCUUGCUACGCGGUACGGUCGGAAUUAUGUUGCCUGAGAGGUGUAGGGAUAAUACACGUUUCUUUAGGACUAUGGGACUGGUAUCUAGCGUUGAUCACAUCUUGCCUUCUAUUGCUGAGCGCGCGCGUCAAGAUAUCGUUGUCAGUCUAAAUUUUCAAGGAGAUGGGUCAUCCCAAACUUGCUCCGUUUGUGUGCCCCUUGAAUCGAAGUAG